AUGGCGGGUGAGACCUUCCCCUUCACCUCCUCCACGCUGCGCUCUCUCCGCCUGCAGCGAGAGUGGCUGGAGUGGGAGGAUCGGCGGAGGGCAGUGGCCCGGCAAUGCCGGAGGCGCAGGUCUCCCAGCAGGCCCCCCACUCGACUCACCAGACUCACUAGGCCUCGACGCACCUGUCGAGACCCAGUGGUCCACAACGCCCUCUUCUCGGGAGACCUGCAGCAGGUCCAAUCCCUGUUCCAAGAUGAAGAGGCUGCCAAUCUGAUUGUGGAGACCGUGAGCAACCAGCUGGCCUGGUCAGCUGAACAGGGGUUCUGGGUGAUGACUCCCAAGACCAAGCAGACAGCACCCCUCACCAUUGCUGCCGCCCGAGGUUACACCGACUGUGCCCGCCACCUGAUCCGGCAGGGGGCUGAGCUGGACUCCCGCAUCGGCGGCCGGGCGGCCUUGCACGAAGCCUGCAGUGGGGCUCAGUCCGACUGUGUGCAGCUGCUGCUGACCUUCGGUGCCAAGGCCAACGUGCUGUCUGAGGAGGGCACUGCCCCCCUGCACUUCUGCACAGUCCCCGAGUCUCUGCAGUGCGCCCGGCUGCUGCUGGAGGCUGGGGCCACAGUGAACCUGGCGGCGCGCGAAAGCGAGGUGACACCCCUGCACGUGGCGGCGGCCCGCGGCCUAGAGGCGCACGUGGCACUCUACCUGGACCAUGGCGCCGACGUGGGCCUGCGCACCAGCCAGGGCGAGACGGCCUUGAACGCAGCGUGCGCGGCGGCCCCGGGCCCGGGCUGCGGCCUGCAGCACGAGGCGGUGGCGCGGCGGCUCCUGGCAGCCGGGGCUGAUGCUCGGGCCGCCGGCCGCAAGCGCCACACGCCGCUGCACAACGCCUGUGCCAACGGCUGCGGGGGCCUCGCCGAGCUGCUGCUGCGCCACGGGGCCCGCGCUGGCGUCCCCAACGGGGCCGGCCACACCCCCAUGGACUGCGCGCUGCAAGCUGCCCAGGACGUCCCCAACUGCGAGCCUGAGGUCCUGUUCGCAGCGCUCUUGGACUAUGGGGCCCCGCCUGUGCGCCCCGAGAUGCUGAAACUGUGUGCCUCCUUCCCUCGGGCGCUGGAAGUCCUGCUUAAUGCCUACCCAUGUGUCCCGUCCUGUGAUUCCUGGGUGGAGGCAGUGCUUCCAGAGCGGUGGCAGGAGCAUGAAGCCUUCUAUCGCUCAGCCCAGUGCAUGGUGAACCAGCCGAGGCAGCUGCAGCACCUGGCCCGGCUGGCUGUGCGUGCUCAGUUGAGUGGCCGCUGCCGCCAGGCUGCCCUCCAGCUCCUGCUGCCCCCACUCCUCCGGGGCUACCUGCUGCUGCGAGUGGAGGGACGCAUCCUGUGAGCUCCAGGCCCAGUCUGCGCUCACAGCUGCCACCCUGAACCCCAGGCCUCUCUGGCUAGUUCCUGCUGCUUCCAGCUUCCUGGGCUACCCGCGGACCCCAAGUCAGCCCCGAGCUUUCAGAGCCUGCCUCCGAGAGGGCCUGCUGACUUGGCUUUCUGGACUCAGCCUUCAACCAUCUUCCUCCUCCUCAGUCCCCUGGAAGGCCCAUCCACCUGGGUACCCAGUCAAGGCAUGGUGAUAUCACCUUGUCCCUUCCCCUGCCACCUUUGUACCUGUUCAGCCCUGUAGGGAGUGGCGGGCCCAGCCUGUGCCUGCACUGUGUUAUCUCACGGAGGACCUCGCUGCCUUGUCUACGGUGAUCUCAACAAGGCAAAGCUUCCAGCCCCUGGUUUCUGCCCCACUCUCUGGCCUCUGGGGCACCUUCUCCCUUCUGAGAGGGAAAGGGUGUCCUGGGUGCUAGAACUGCCCAGCUUUCCUUUGCUUCCAGACAUUUGCAUGAAUUGUCCUCUCUGCCAGGAGCCCUGGUGGCAGAGUGCUUACACAUUGGCUGCUAACCACAAGAUCAGCAGUUCAA